AAUACUACAAUAGAGUGCAUGUGAGGACAUGUACAUUCGUGUCGUAUACUCGUGAAGAACUGCAGACUAUUGUAUGAAUAGUGUCUCUACUAGUGUAGGUAUACUUACUUAUUUUUCAUUUUUAAGUUUAUUUCAUGUACAAUAUUUGACCGUGCAAGUCGUGAUAUAUUAGUCAUGUCGUCAGAAAAAUCCUUAAAAAAUAAAACGUUCGUUUUAGAGUUUCUUGAUUUGUAUAAAUCAUUUCCAUGUCUUUGGAAAAUUAAAUCGAAAGAAUAUUCUAACCGAAAUAUCAAAGAUCGGGCAUAUGAAGUUCUUAUCGAAAAAAUGAAGGAGAUUGAUAAAAACGCAAAUAGAGAUGCUGUGGUUAAGAAGAUUAACUCAUUACGGUCAGCAUAUCGGAAAGAAUUAAAAAAAAUUAAGGAUUCUGUAAGGUCAGGAGCUGGCGAAGAGGAUAUAUAUACUCCACAUUUAUUUUAUUUUAAUGAAAUUGAUUUUAUCAGAGACCAGGAAAUACCGAGAGAUACAAUAAGUAAUAUGGAUGAUUUACAGAUAGGUUAA